AUGGAGCAGUCUAGGUGGGCAGGUCCGCCUUCCGAAGCAGAACAGAUACCUGCCGAUGCAUCGUCAUCCUCGUUGUCUGCUGCAGCUACAACUUUCGCACCCGACAUGAGCGCCCCACCUCCCGAUGUAGCGACUGCCGAUAUGUUCUCGCAGACUGGUGCGGCACAAGAUGAUUUGUUCGAUGAUAUAGAGCCCGUGGAGGAGUCUAUGCGCAUUCGUUCUGAUGACGACCUCUUCAGCGACGACUUUACACCGGCGCCUCAGCCAGUAGUCGAAACCCCACAACCGAUAGUCUCGAGGGGAGGCCGAAGCAAUCGAGCUACAGGGCGAGGGCGUGGAAAGGGCAGAGGUCAUUCUGAUAAUCGCGAGAGCACGAAUCGUGGUGGACAUGCAAAGUCGUCAGGCCGGCCCUCCGAGCCUACCAACGCACUCAACGAGCGCAUCACAUCACAGGCACAAUCGCAGACCCCGGCGCCAGAGAAUGCACCGUCUGGGCCCCGGAAUGAGUCUACUCCUUCUGUUCGUGGUGAUCGUCGAGCGACUGGGGGGCUACGAAAGCCGAAGCUCACUGAAGAGGAGCUGGCCGAGAAAAUGGCGCGCAUAUCGAUCAAGAACGCAUCGUUGACCGCGGCUCAUGCACGGGCGGAAGCGGACGCGGCCUCCUUUGCGGAGAGGGAACAGCAAGCGAAACAUAUCACGGACCAGAGAAAGAAAGAAGAACGCAAAGACCGGCAGCAAAUGAUGGGUGAACGUGAAAAGAACCGGCAGCGGAAGCUGAAAGCUAUGGAAGGUCGCGAAUGGGAUGCCGAGAAGAAAGAGGAUGAUUUUGGCCAAGGUGGUCGGUAUGAUAAGAAGGACACAUUCGCUGGCGACCAAGAAGACUACACAGAUGGUCGGGAGUACAUCUAUCGAGAACGCAGAGGCGGCGAUCGGGGACAAGGAGCUCGAGGUGGCAGGGGUGGCAGAGCACACAACAAUGUCGAAGCUCCGCGACCAGAAGACUUUCCCUCGCUGCCUCAGGCCACGAAAGCGGGAGCCACAUCAACGCAACCCCUUGCGACGACCCUCGACAGUCCUGCACAGCAAUCAUGGGCGGACCAAGUUGAAGCAGCACCGACGAUAUAG